AGUGUCGCGUCUGUCUCACAUUUUCUCCCGAUCAGAGAGACAAGAAACAAAAUGGCAAGAACCAAGCAGACUGCGCGUAAAUCCACCGGAGGCAAAGCCCCCAGGAAGCAACUGGCCACCAAGGCUGCUCGUAAGAGCGCCCCGGCCACCGGCGGCGUGAAGAAGCCUCACCGUUACAGGCCCGGUACCGUGGCUCUGAGAGAGAUCCGUCGCUACCAGAAAUCGACGGAGCUGCUGAUCCGCAAGCUGCCCUUCCAGCGCCUGGUCAGAGAAAUCGCUCAGGAUUUCAAGACCGACCUGCGCUUCCAGAGCUCCGCUGUCAUGGCUCUGCAGGAGGCCAGCGAGGCUUACCUGGUCGGCCUGUUUGAGGACACCAACCUGUGCGCCAUCCACGCCAAGAGGGUUACCAUCAUGCCCAAGGACAUACAGCUGGCCCGCCGCAUCCGCGGAGAGAGAGCUUAAACUGCUGCUGCUCCACUGACGAUAACAACGGCUCUUUUAAGAGCCAC